GCUAUAGGUCUUAAUGAAAGAAAUAUGCUAUUGCAUAACUUCCUGAAAGGCUAAUUUGAGAGCUUCAGUAAACUUACUUUCAAAAUGUAAUCUACGAUUAGCUUUGUGCACUAAUUUUCUAAUUUAAUUAAUGAAACUAAAAAUCUUCUGUAAGAACGUUUUUAAUUAAAAUAUCCAAUAAAAUUGUUUAAAUAAAGUCGAUAUAUCAGACAAAUUAUGAAAACUGUAUUCUGGAAUAAUCAACGAUGAGGUACUAAAGGAGGUUAAAAAAAAAGAAAAAUGAGCGGAGAUUUAUACGAACAGAUUUCCACUCCUACAGAAGAGAGUGAGGAUAAUACAAUGUUGGAGCUAAUGUCAGAUUCAGAGGCACUGAAUCAACGUAACACAACAGAACAACAGAACGAGCCUCCUAAAGUAAAAGUACAAAAGUUUGAAGGUGGUCAAAUCGGUCCUAGAUAUGUUACUAAUUAUAUCAAUGUUCGACAUAGAAAAGCGGUUCCUUCUGCUCUUUAUAAUGACGAUAUUGAUACGAAUAGAAGUAAACAAAAGAGAAAACAUAAGAAUAUCGAUAAUUCAAUAAUACCUUAUGUACUUUCUACAAAAUUAGUUUAUGUUGCCGGAAUAUUAGCAUUAACUAUCAUCUUUCUAUCCUGGUGUAUUUAUUUAUAUAUUGUCCCUCCAGAAAUUAGAGAUACGGAUUUUUUGAGAAAUGUUCAAGCACUGAAAGAAAAAUAUCAAAAUAGCCAUUCUUAUCAGCCGUUUAAUCUAUGGUACAACUCGAACUCUGAUAUUCCUCUUAAGAAAUAUAUUUUUCAACUUAAAGUUAUUGAAGAUAAAAUGUUAGAAAAUUCGAAAAGAGAUGAAAAUAUUUUGCUAGAAGAUGCUUUGUAUCUUGUGCAAAGUGUGCAUAAAACAAAACAUUCUAUACUCAUUACGGGUAAUCCUUACUUUGGAAAAUCUUCAUUGAUUAGGAAAAUAGCAUGUAUGUGGUCUAUUAAUUGCGCUUCUCAUUAUUUAUCUAGCUAUGAUUUAGUGGUAGUUAUAUCAUUACGAGAUUUAAACUCUAGAACAAUACCUGAAAUGAUUGUCGAAACGAUAUUUGGAAAUAAAGACAAGAGGCUAAUUGAUGGUUUCAGAAAAUCUCAUCUCAAUUUUUUUAUUUUAUUAGAUGGUUAUGAAGAAAUGAAACAAAAAGGCGUUCUUUUGGAUUUCAUGAACUCAUAUUUAAAUUCACUAAACAUAACAAUUUUACUCACCAGUACUAUUAAAGCAGCUACGAAUAUUAAAGGUAGAUUUGAUUGGCAUUUUUCGUUGGUUGGUUUGUCAAAAGAAAACCAGAAAAAGUAUAUAGAUUCUACAUUAACGGACGAUUUGGAAAGGAAAGAGAAAUUGAAAACAGAUUUGGAUCAUAUUAUGUUCCUUCCUCAAUUAAUGAAAUGUCCAUUAAUGAUGAAUAUAUUUUGUUAUCAUUACUUAUAUUUACAUAGUGAUAUAGAUAUCACGAUUACAACGUUAUAUAUCCAAAUGUUUAAUACGUUAAUUCAAAAAUUUUGGACAAAAUAUGGAUAUAGCUCAAUUUUAAAGAGAGGCACAUUUUUGAAAGGUGAAGUCAUUUUGACUCGUUUAGGAGAAUUAGCUUUUAGAAAUUUAAAUAAUAGUAGAAAUUUUAUACCAAUAGAAGAUAUAAUGAAAGAAUUUCAAAAUGAAGAAGAAUAUGAAAUCGUUUCUAACUUAAAUAUUAUUCCUCUUACGAUACAAUCGGAUGACACUGCAAUGUCUCCUUUUCAUCAUUACUUACUGGAAUUUUUGAGUGUUUUUCACAUAUUUUACUUAGAAUAUAAGAAAAGAGGGAAUUCUGGUUUUAUAUACGGAAAUACUGUUAUUAAGAAAUAUUUAAUUUUACGCCAACGAAAUAAUUUCAUAUACGGAAUGAAAACGUAUUGGGACUUUGAUAGAUUAGAGAGAGAUUUUAUGAUGAUAAGCGAAAUAAAAAAAGUAAUACAAUUUCCUGGAGAAAUGGAAAUGUUUCAUUUAUGUAGAAAGAAGAUUACAGAAGAACGUUUCAAAGCUUUUUGUUUAUUAAGAAAUAAUUAUAGUUUCAAUAUCAUUUGGGAUUCUAUAGCAACUCUAAAAGAUAUUUUGAGAUAUGGCAAGCCUACACUUCUAACAAUAAUUGUUCCACCAAAUAUAAAGAAGUGGGAUUACAUAGAAAACGAUAUGUUAAAAAUAAUUAAUUCAAGUGAAUCUAUUACGCAUGUGUUUUUUCGAUCGUCCGUAUGUCCCUAUUACAUCGAUGAAUAUAAGAAUUUAUUCUUAGACUUAAGAAGUUUAUUCGAAGCUUCAAUAUCAGCUGUUAAUACUUCAGCAGAAUUAGUUAUUGACAUGUUUGAGAGUUUUGAUUCCUUUAACAAAAUAUCCAGAAAUUUUCUUUCUGAUGGAAUCUACAGAGAAGAAGAAAUUGUCAGCUUAGUUUAUUUCGGUUUAAGAGAAGAUAACAAACCUCCUUUUAAAAUAGAUAUGGAAAGAUUAAGAAUUCAAUUUCCAGAAACUUUUGACUUAGAAAUAGUACAACAAAUGAUAUUAUUUAUUUCUGAAAAUCAAAUUGGAAUAUUUAAUAAAUAUCCUUCGUGGAAAAAUUUAUUGAAUUCUUAUUUCAACUGGGAAAUAAACCCUCCUAAGCAUUACAAAUUGCAACUGAAUGGAGAUGAAAUCGUUUCUAUUUUAUAAAUUUUCAUUGUUUUAACGAUUCUUUCAUAUGCAAAAAUUAUUAAUCUUUAAUUCAAAUAUUUGUAUUUGUUA